AUUCUUGUAGGUGUAAUUUUGUCAAUCAUCCUGUAGUUUUCCUUUCAUCUCUUUUCCCUGUCCACAUUAUCCAGUCCUUCCCUACCCCUCCCCUGCAUUUCACGCGAAACGCACGUUUCCCCUAUCUCACAUAAAUUCUCCUCACUAUCUCUCUCAUCUUGAUUUUAUUGCUUCGCAUCGAUAACUCCCCCUGUCGUCUCCUCUUUUUCUUGAAAAAAGUUAAAAGGAAAACACCCUUAUGCUUUUCUUUACUAAACACUCAAAAAAUCUACAUUCAUAUCUAAUUAUGUAUACCCCUUUUCUAUUUGAUCAUGUCCGUAUCAAGAAAAGGCUGCAUUUUUCAUCUUAACUCUUUUACCCUUUAGUUUGUUGAUGCUUUAGGGUUCUCGAAGCCUUCUUUUACACUUUUUUUUCUCUGUCAUUUGUUUUGCAUGACAGUUUUGUGAUCUGUCGCAUACCCAUUUGAUCAUUUCCGGGCUCAUUUCGAGUUUUCAACCUAAUUUCUCAUCUGGGUUUCACUUGUUCUCUCAUUUAUUGUACGCUUGCUUCUGGUUUUUGAUAAUGCUUGAUAGCGUAACGAAUUUUGGACCACAUUGGGUCUUUUCCAAGAAUUCCGUUUGAAGUGUAGAAUCUUUGUUGACUUAUGGGGGUUUAUUAGUCGAAUCUUUUAGGGGUUUUUUCGGAAGAAAAAUGCCUGAAAAGAUUGGAACUUUGAGUUUGGAUAAAAUGGAGGAAAGUAGGAAGAAAGAAGACGAGAUUGAGAUACGAGGGUGUUGGAUUAAGUUCAGAUUCUUGGGGAGAUGCAUUUCCACAAGGUCUAAAGUGGAAAACUCCAUUUGUGGGAAUAGCAUUCCAUAUGUUGAAAGUAAAUCUACAAACAACAAAAUUUUGGAUCAACCUGUUGUCCACCCGACUUUAUCUGCAACCACUAGCAACACGGAAAGCACUCCAUCAACUCCAAAUGCAACCGAGGAUCUAAAAAUUGCAUCACAACUUAGAAAAUUCAAUUUCAAUGAACUUAAAUCGGCUACAAGGAGUUUUAGACCCGAAAGCCUUCUUGGUGAAGGUGGAUUUGGUUGUGUUUUCAAAGGAUGGAUCAAUGAGAAUGGGACAACACCCGUGAAGCCCGGGACAGGAUUAUCCGUUGCGGUCAAGACCCUCAAUCAUGAUGGUCUUCAGGGUCACAAAGAAUGGCUCGCGGAAGUUAAUUUUCUUGGUGAUCUUUUGCAUCCGAAUUUGGUUAAAUUGAUCGGUUAUUGCAUUGAGGAUGAUCAAAGGUUGCUUGUGUACGAGUUUAUGCCUCGUGGAAGCCUUGAAAACCAUCUUUUUAGAAGAUCAUUGCCACUACCUUGGGGGACUAGAAUGAAAAUUGCUCUAGGUGCAGCAAAGGGUCUUGCUUUUCUUCAUGAGGAAGCCGAACGACCCGUUAUUUAUCGAGAUUUUAAGACAUCGAAUAUUUUACUAGAUGCGGAUUAUAACGCGAAGCUAUCUGAUUUUGGACUUGCUAAAGAUGGUCCGGAAGGAGAUAAUACACACGUAUCGACUCGUGUGAUGGGAACUUAUGGUUAUGCUGCACCCGAGUAUGUGAUGACAGGUCACCUAACAUCAAAGAGCGACGUAUAUAGUUUCGGAGUAGUUUUACUCGAAAUGAUAACCGGGCGAAGAUCCAUGGACAAAAACCGACCCACCGGAGAACACAACCUUGUAGAAUGGGCAAGACCAUAUCUAGGAGAAAGACGGCGGUUCUACCAAUUAAUGGAUCCACUUCUCGAAGGUCGAUUCUCCGUUAGAGGUGCACAAAAAGCCGCGCAAUUAGCCGCGCUUUGCUUGAAUCGUGACCCAAAAGCUCGACCCUUAAUGAGCGAUGUUUAUGAAGUUUUGAAACCACUCGUGAAUCUCAAGGAUAUGGCAUGUUCGUCGCCGUAUUUUCAGGCGGUGCAUAUGGGCGGCAAUCAGGGCGGUGGAAGUGGUGGAGGAGGGUUUAAAGGGCAGGCGAUUAGGAGCCUUUCGAUUCCGGGCUGCCCGUAUGUGUCUCCACAUCGCCGUGGUGGUGAUCAACUUUGUCGGUCUCCGAAACCGGUCAGAUGACCGGAUGUAAUUGACUAAUUGGGAGUGAAAAGUGAAACACUCCCUUUUUCACCCUUUUUUGUGGUGUUUUAAUAACUUUUUUUGUGACUCUUGCGAAUUGGGUUUGUUUUAUGUUACAAAGGGAAC